AUGCCUACAAACACCAAUUUGCCAGCUCAAUUGAAGCGCAAGAAUCUAGAAGAAGAGAUCGCGCCAAGUCCUAAGCGAGUUCAUCCAUCGGAGACUACCGUGACUAUGGAGGAGUGUGGUGACAAUGUGAUGGACCUUUGCGACAACCAGACCUUUAGUAUCUCGCCAUCGGACCUUCCUCCUCGAUCGACCACCCCUCCGUUGGGUAUGACCCUGGCACACUACGAUGCCUCUGUAGGAGGUUACACGGCGUCUGUCGUCAAGACUGAAAAUCGAUUUGAUGCUCCAAUUUGCUCUGGAAUGACACCUGUCUAUAGAGCACCAAUGGAAAGAUGGGGAUCAUGUCUUAUUUAA